AUUUUUAGUUAUUACUAAUAGUGCUGCUGUGAGCCUUCUAACAUGGAGCAUUUUAGAAAACACCUGCAUGCAUUUCUCUUAGGUAUCCCUAGAAACUGCCCAACAGUUUUCUAAAGUGGUUGUCCUGGUGUACACUCCCUCUGGCGGUGUUUGAGAGUUCUGGUUGCUCUACAUACUCACCAACACUAGGCAUUGUCUAGACUCAUUUUCCAUGGCUGUACGCUCCAGGUCUCAAUGAGGAGCCUAAACAUGGAGACGUUCAAGCAGCAGAAAGUGGAGGACUUUUACGACAUCGGAGAGGAGCUGGGGAGCGGCCAGUUUGCCAUCGUGAAGAAAUGCCGAGAGAAGAGCACGGGGCUGGAGUACGCAGCCAAGUUCAUCAAGAAGCGGCAGAGCCGGGCCAGCCGGCGGGGCGUGUGCCGGGAGGAGAUUGAGCGGGAGGUGAGCAUCCUGCGGCAGGUGCUGCACCCCAACGUCAUCACACUGCACGACGUCUUCGAGAACCGCACGGAUGUGGUGCUCAUCCUUGAGCUAGUGUCCGGCGGGGAGCUCUUCGACUUCCUGGCACAGAAGGAGUCGCUGAGUGAGGAGGAGGCCACCAGCUUCAUUAAGCAGAUCCUGGAUGGGGUGAACUACCUUCACGCCAAGAAAAUUGCUCACUUCGAUCUCAAGCCAGAAAACAUUAUGUUGUUAGACAAGAAUAUUCCCAUUCCACACAUCAAGCUGAUUGACUUUGGCCUGGCUCAUGAAAUAGAAGAUGGAGUAGAAUUUAAGAACAUUUUUGGGACACCAGAAUUUGUUGCUCCAGAAAUUGUGAACUACGAGCCCCUGGGACUGGAGGCUGACAUGUGGAGCAUAGGUGUCAUCACCUACAUACUCCUAAGUGGAGCGUCCCCUUUCCUGGGAGACACGAAGCAGGAAACGCUGGCAAAUAUCACAGCAGUGAGUUAUGACUUUGAUGAGGAAUUCUUCAGCCAGACCAGCGAGCUGGCCAAGGACUUCAUUCGGAAGCUUCUAGUUAAAGAGACCCGGAAACGGCUCACAAUCGAAGAGGCUCUCAGACACCCCUGGAUCAUGUCCAAAGGAGAAGUCAGAACCCCAGAACAGUGGAAGACAGAGCCUGCCCAGCUGAAGACCAAGCGCCUGAGGGAGUACACCCUCAAAUGCCACUCAAGCAUGCCCCCCAACAACACCUACGUCAACUUCGAGCGUUUUGCUCGCGUGGUAGAGGACGUGGCUCAGGUGGACCAGGGAUGCCGUGCCCUGGCAGAGGCCCAUGAUACCAUCCAGGACGAUGUGGAGACCCUGGUCUCUAUCUACAAUGAGAAGGAGGCUUGGUACCGAGAGGAGAGUGAGAGUGCCCGGCAAGACCUGUCCCAGCUCAGGUAUGAGUUCCGCAAAGUGGAGUCCUUGAAGAAGCUCCUUCGAGAAGACAUCCGGGCCACAGCGUCCAGCCUCGGGAGCUUGGCCAGGAAAUUGGACCAUCUGCAGGCGCAGUUUGAGGCUCUGAGGCAAGAGCUCUCGGCAGACCUACAGUGGAUCCAGGAACUGAUGGGCAGCUUCCAGUUGGAGAGCGGGAGCACAGAUAGCAUGGGCUCCAUGUUCCACCAGGACACCACUGAGUCUCUAGUGGAGCUGUUCAACAGAUCCUGCAGCGAGGAAUUCUUGGCCGGCUUGAAGCUCUGAGCACCAGAAUCCAGACAGUAAUGCCGCCUGGGUGGUUUGCAGAAGCAUGUUCCCAACUGCCGUGCCGGGGCAUCAGCUAGAAUUAUCCGGCAGGGGUGUGUGUCUGUAGCAUAGCUUUCCACCCCCUUCACAGAAUCCAGAAUCACAGGGUGUUAGCUAAUUAUUCAUCCUGCACCUCCUCUCACCAACCUGGUUUUCUGGGAGAGUGCUGGCAGAGCAGCCAAGCUGUUAAAACCAUUGAGAAUGAAUACCCCUCAGUGUACCCUUCUCCAGAUGGAAGAUGGCUGGCCCUGGGGAGACGCUUGAUCACUGAUUUGUGCUAAUGGAUUUGUUCACAUCUCACUCCCCACCUACAUGCCUUACGGCUUGCAAGUCUUGGGUAAUAUUCGAGUUAACUAGGGAUAACAGUAAGUCAGCUUGCUGCUUUCCUGCUGCAGAAGCAGGUAUUUAAAACACACAGAGAAAAUAUUACCUUUCUUUUGCACUGACUUUUCCCUUACGAAGCACUUAUGUCUUUGACCUCAUAUGAUCCUUAAAUGAACUCAGAGAGGAAGGUGGGUGGUAUUAUUAUUGUUGUAACUGUUAUUUCCAUGUAACUGAUGAGGAAAUUGACUCAGAGAGGGAAAAUGACUUACUCAGGGUCAUUCAUAGCUAGUUGAUGCAGAUGAAACAGAAACCCAGGAUGCCAAACUCUAAGGUAGGUAUAUGGGAUGAAAUGGUGAGGCUUUGCUGUAAAAAACCCCCUGAAUAUUAAAGGUCAGAUCCCAGAGGAAAAGUAAGCAACUUCAUGUAUUCUGCCAGCUAUAAGUGAAAUGCCUCAUACUUUUAGACAAUUGUCCCAAGAA